CUCAGAAUUCAGAACCAUCAGUCUACAAGGAGGUACCUUUCAAAACAAUUUUUAAAUAUUUACUAGUGGUUAAAAAUUAAACACAUUGAGAACUCAGAGGCUGGGGAAAAUUGCAAGGAAAAAGAUCUUCUAAAAAGACAGGAAGAUACUCUUCAACAUGAGACUAAUAUCAGUUCUCGUGUUCAUUUUAUACUUAUUGCUUUGCACUGAUACAGCAAAGGGUAUAACUAGGAGCAGCAAGAAGCCCACCCAGCAAGCUCCACCGGAAAACUAUUUGAUUGAAGAAUGUCUAAACAACAGUUAUACUGUGAAUUCUUGCAAGAAAGUCUUUUGCCAACCCUGGCAAAGGUGUAUGGAUGGUACCUGUUCCUGUAAGCUACCCUAUCAGUGCCCAAAGAACGGCACCUCGGUUUGUUCUGCGGAGAGAAAGACUUUUCGAACCUACUGUCAGCUAAAGAGCUACGAGUGUCAACGUCCCAAGAGCAAAUUUAGGAGCAGAGGAAGCUGUACACCUCAAGACAAUUUUGAAGUUUCCUUGAAGCCAGAAAAUGCAUCAGAGAGAUUCAUUCAAGUUGCAGUGAAUUCCCAGGAGACGUUUAUUUGUGGGCAUGAAUGGAGUAUGAAUGAAGCCAAUGUGGUCUGCAGAGAUCUUCAUUUCCCAGAAGGGGCUGACCGCAUAAAGUUGGAUCGCCCAGAUGAUGCCUGGAAUUCAUCAGAGUGCCUUAAAGUGACUUGCAGAGGCACAGAGACCAGCCUAGCGGAAUGCUCUUUAGCUAGCACCAGUAGGGGUCGCAAGAAGCUUGCUAAGGUGGUAUGCCACACAGCACACAAAGAAUGUUCCUCCACCGAAUUCCGCUGCGUCAACAGAAAAUGCAUCCCUUCAGAUAAAACAUGUGAUGGAAUCAAUGACUGUGGAGACCUAAGUGAUGAAUUAUGUUGCAAAGCGUGCAGAGGUGAAAGCUUCCACUGUUCCUCAAAUGUGUGUAUUCCAAACAAAUACCUCUGUAACAAAGAAAUGGACUGCUUAACAGGAGAAGACGAAAAUAACCACUUGUGUAGAGAAGGAAGAGAAGAAACUGAGGAGGAAUCUAUGGAUACAGAAAGAAGAAAAAUCAAAACAUUUCUGCCCCAAAUACAUUGUGGUGUUCCAAACCACACGGUUACUCGUCGGAAGCGAAUCAUUGGCGGACAUUCUGCAGGAAAGGGUGAAUUUCCUUGGCAGGUGGCAAUUAGAAGUGUCAGUAAUACCCAAGUGAACUGUGGUGGGAUUUAUAUUGGGGGCUGUUGGAUUCUUACUGCCGCACACUGUGUGAGACAAAGCUAUGUUCAUACCUAUAGAAUAUGGACUGGAAUGUUGGAUACAGUACUUAAGAAUGAGGGAAUAGAAACCUUUAAAUUAAAUAGAGUGAUAAUCCAUGAGAACUAUAUUUCCAAAACAUACGAAAAUGAUAUUGCUUUGCUGGAAAUGAAGACCAUUGAUCAAGGGAAGCCGUGUUCGCCACCCAACACGGUGGCAGCGUGCGUCCCUUGGUCACCUUAUAUGUUCCCAGCAGGCCACCAGUGCAAAGUGUCCGGUUGGGGACGGGCAGAAGGUUAUGAAAGACAAUUUGCACUUAAAUGGGGCUAUGUUAAUUUAAUGUCAAACUGUUCUGAAAUCUACAAGGAACGUUAUUUUAAAGGCAUGGAAUGUGCAGGUACAUAUGAUGGUUCGGUAGAUUCCUGUAGAGGUGACUCAGGAGGACCUUUGGUUUGUUUUGACUCUAAUAACGUAGCUUAUGUUUGGGGCAUUGUGAGUUGGGGUGAAAACUGUGGCGAAGAAGGACAUCCUGGUGUUUACACAAAGGUGGCUGAUUAUUUUGAAUGGAUUAGCCGUCACACUGGAAAGGCUGUAGUUUCUCGAUUUAAUGUGUGACAUUUGGGAUUUAAAUAUUUCCUCAUUUUCUACUUUAAUA